UCAAGUUGAUUUUUGUCAUCAUCGUUCGUUUUGCAAACAGAAAACAGAAUGUAGUUAGGUCCAAAAAGUUUUUGGUUAUCGAAAGAAUGUUUUUGUGUUCAUGAAAAAAGAAUGAAGUCAAUGUGUUGGUGAUAUGUCUGGAUUAUUUAUAGAAUGCUCUCGUUAAGUGUGCUGAAAUGAUAACAUCUUUGUAGAACGUUGUUGAAAUUUUUCAUGGUUGAGUCAUGAGUGAAGAAGAUCAUUCUAAGUCCGCAGAGGAAGAAACCUCAUCAGUGUGUUCACCGAAGCCUCUUGCCUUCACAAUUGACUUUGGAGAGGGUAAAAGUAUAGAUUUACAACGACACAAAACUCUAUUUGAAAAAUAUAAAAACAGACACAAGAGAGGCCAAUCCUUGUCUAAAAUUGAAACGAAAGCAGAGAGUAUAGUUCAGAAAAAACAUCCCUCAAGUGGAAACUUACCAAGGAAGUCUAGUUUCCAGUCUGAUGGAUACUUUUCCAGUGAUGAGAAAAGUGACAAGACCAAAAUAAAAACUUUUUUGAAACGGGACCUUUCCCUUCAGCUCAAAAACGCUACUACUAACAAAAUGACCCAGUCAUUCCCUAGCUCAAUUUUGAGUGACAUUAUUAGUCCAGAAAUUGAAAUUAAAGAUACCUCGAGUCCAGAAUUGGAUUUGAUCAGUCCCAUAAGUCCACAACAUAAAGAAGAGUUACCUUUAAGCUCAAACAAUAGGAAAGUAAAUUUUUCCCGGCAACAUUCUAGUCCUGAAAGUGCAACUCUAAAUGACAUUAAAGUAGUUGAUUUAGAAGAUGAACAUUUUGUAGAUGGUACAGAGUUCGAUUUUGACAGAUCUGAUACUGUAAGUGAUGCAGGUACAUACACUUUAGAUGCUGAUAAUUAUUCUGAGGCUCAAAAAUUGAGAAUGAGUAUAGAUAGAGAAUUUAAAAUUGAACAUAUGUCUGGCAUUGAGAAGACACAAGAAUAUAUAAGAAGCCUUGCAAAUUUCGAUGACUAUUUGCAGAAUAAUUCUAAAUCAAAUUCUCUGAAUACUUGUACCAACAGUAAACUGAAUUUAGAAGUGUCCCCACCUCAAGUCAAAUCUCUCAGCAAUAGUGAUAAACUAUUAUCUCCUAUUUUAUCUCCUACUCAGAACCUAUCGAUUACAGAAAGCAUUGGGUCUAAAAAAUCUAGUGAAGCAGAUCAAAUGAAUGAAACAUAUUUGAAAACUUCAAGUGAGAAACCAAAAAAGAAUGAAGUUGACAUGGUUUUAGAUCGGGGUAGUGUGAUUUCAGUGACAUCUAGCGGAGUAUUUAGAACUAAUAAAGAACCUGAGAAGAAACGUUGUAGGAAGCUGAGUUUAACAAAGUCUGAGAUACAAGUAGAAGAUUACAUUGAUGAUAAGAAUAAGGGCGAGCAUACUCCAAAGCAGUUUAGUUAUAAGAAAGUAGUUACUCCUAAACUUUCAGCUAAUGUGAUCAAUGUCCAGAAUAUAUCUAUUAAAAGCAGAGAUAUGGAAGACACUUCCGAUGUAGAAGAAGUGAAAAGUGAAAACAUUUCAUACCUUCCCCCAGCUGUUGGAGGUCUGUCUGGAAAUAGUUCACCGUCAAAAAUUCCAUCUCCUGUCCAUACUUUGUCCAGACCAAGAAGCAGAAACAGUUAUAGUUCCCAAAACAUAGAUUUAUCUGAUAGUAGUAUAGAAACGGAAUCGUAUUUGAAAUCUACACAGAGCUGUAUAAAUUCUCUACAAAAACGACUUUCGUUAGAUAGUGAUCAGGAUAGUGAUUUGGAUAACAAGUAUGAAAUUGCUUUAAAUAACACUGCACAGAGUUUGCUGAAACAAAGAACUUCACACACCCGUCAUAACUCCCUUGAUGGACGAGCUAUCAAAAUUUCCAACAAAUUAGAACAUUUUCAAUCAAAGAAUUUACAAGGUAUUGAUCAAACUUACAUGAAUAAGUUUAAUCAAUGCAGUGUUGCCCAGGUAAUGCACAAAAUACAAAAUUCUCCAAAUAAUAGUCCCAUAAGAAGAUCAAGCAGUUUUUCCACAAAAAAUCAGGUCAAUUCAAACAGUAAGAACACAAACAUCCAGAAUGAGCUGAAUUAUAAUGAGCUAGCUCAGAAAAAUUCAUCUCCCAUCUACUUGAAAUCUGGAAUACCCCAAAAACCUGCUCUAGUUCUAGAUCACCCAAAAAUUGAUAGGAAUAAGUUUGGCGAUACAGAAUCCAGUUCUGAAGAGGAUUUCGAGAAGAACCUGGCCAAGAAAAAAGACACUUCGUUGACGAAAACCAGAUACAACCGUGCUUUUAGCUUACGCAGGGGGCGAUUAGAAUCUGAACCCUCAAAUUCUUCAAUUAAAUGCCCCAAUACGCCGGAGGUACGGAGAAAAUUCAUGCCGGAAAGGGCGGAACGUGCAAUAUCAGUAGAUAGGAAACCCACAAGAACCGAAAUACAGAGUAGGUACAUGACAAAUAUCUCAAAAAAGGUCAGUUCUCCGAAGCUGAAUAUACCGAAAAAUGUGCCAAAAACACUGCCUUUAACCCCCAAACAACCGUUACCCAAGGCGCAAGUCAUGUCGAGGACAGAUAGCGGUAGAUUUAGUAUGAGGAUUGGCAAGGGGCCCAUUCCUCAAAAGAGUCCGAAGGAUAUGACAUCAGCGAAAAAGUCUGGAGGUCGAAGUAAUUCGUCUCUCACCAGCAGAGAAGUUGACUUUCAGAAUUGGAAGAGGCGGAAAAGCUACGAUCCAAUCAAGGCGGCUGCUGAAGGGAAACGGAAGGAAAUGGAAAAGCGACAAGGCAUCAUGACUCAAAGUUACAACGAAAAAAAUCAUACCUACGAGUGUGACAGCUCACCCUCCCAUUCCAGCUCUGUUCACCGAUCUCAAAGUUUUCACGGAACGGCCGCUAUGGAGCAGUUCAUUAGUUCCGAAGAAGAUGACAUGACACUGUCAGCAGACGAGGGUUUCAGCCCCCCCACCCCUAGUCCCUGCGAACUCAGUCCGGCAAGGAUGAGCCUGAGGAACACGUGCAGAGAACGCAUUCACCACUGAGGUUCAAUUUUAUCGGAUUUUUUUCGAUUAACUCCUCGUACGUUAACGAAAUUAAUUCACCGGGAAUGAAGCUUAUUACCAAUCGGAAUGUGAUCAUACGGAAUGUCGGCUUUGAUUUAAUUUAUUUUUUUAUCUCGAUUUGUUGGAUUGGUAGCGAUGAGUAUGGCUUUCUGAGUUUUUCAGUUCUUGAAUGUCACGUUAAGAAUCCGGAAGGCGAAGAUUCGCCGUUCAAGCCUCAUUCCUGGUGAUUUAAUUGAAUGUUUCGUAGAAAAUUCUGAUACUCUUUGAUUCGGAGCUUUAUCACCGAUUUUGGAUAGGUGGUAAUUUUCAAAGUUCAUGAGCAAUAAAUAUAUUCUGGCAGCUAUAGAUCAAUUCGAUUGAUCAAACCAAUCCAGACUGCUUCAGAAAUAAUUCAUACAAAAAUUAUUUUCGGUUCCAUUAUUAUAUCACCUUCCUGUGUUUCUGUCAUGAUGGGAUUAUUUCUCAAGGAUAACUACUGAAAUUAUCACCUGCCCAAAUCUGUGCAUGUUAAAAGUAUUAAUGUUGAAGAUACCGUUAUCAUUAUUUUUAUUACCUGAUGUUCUAUUUAUAUCCAUUAAAUUAUUAUUCAUUUAUUAUAUUAAAUCGCACACAGCUAUAUAUAACUAAGAUUUAUCACUUGUUUCUGAAAAUUUGAAUAAAAUGUUGAUUGUGACAAUA